CUCCGCCCACGCGGGCCGCAGCGUGCCGGAAGAAAACGUGAGGAGGGUCGGAAAGAGACCGAAAAGGCGUUGCGUUUCGGGCUAAGAUGACGACGUUGGUGUUGGAUAACGGAGCCUACAACGCCAAAAUCGGUUACAGCCACGAGAAUGUCUCGGUUAUUCCUAACUGUCAGUUCAGGUCAAAAACAGCACGUCUUAAAACUUUUACUGCUAACCAGAUAGAAGAAAUAAAGGACCCUUCUGGACUCUUUUAUAUCCUUCCUUUUCAGAAGGGUUACUUGGUGAAUUGGGAUGUUCAAAGACAAGUUUGGGAUUACCUUUUUGGAAAAGAAAUGUAUCAGGUUGAUUUUUUAGAUACUAAUGUUAUUAUCACAGAACCAUAUUUUAACUUUACUUCUAUUCAAGAAUCAAUGAAUGAGAUUUUAUUUGAAGAAUACCAGUUCCAAGCAGUAUUAAGAGUAAAUGCCGGGGCUCUCAGUGCACAUAGGUAUUUCCGAGAUAACCCUUCCGAAUUAUGCUGUAUCAUUGUUGAUAGUGGGUACUCCUUUACACAUAUAGUGCCUUAUUGUAGAAGUAAAAAGAAAAAAGAAGCAAUUAUUCGGAUAAAUGUGGGUGGGAAACUCUUAACCAAUCAUCUAAAGGAGAUCAUAUCUUAUAGGCAGUUACAUGUUAUGGAUGAAACGCACGUGAUUAAUCAAGUGAAAGAAGAUGUAUGCUAUGUGUCUCAGGAUUUUUAUAAGGAUAUGGAUAUUGCCAAGUUGAAAGGAGAAGAAAAUACAGUGAUGAUAGACUAUGUUUUGCCUGACUUUAGUACAAUUAAAAAGGGCUUCUGUAAGCCAAGGGAAGAGAUGGUGUUAAGUGGAAAAUAUAAAUCUGGGGAACAAAUUCUUCGUCUGGCCAAUGAGAGAUUUGCUGUUCCGGAAAUACUCUUUAAUCCUUCUGAUAUAGGAAUUCAAGAAAUGGGAAUUCCAGAAGCUGUUGUCUAUUCAAUUCAGAACUUACCUGAAGAAAUGCAGCCGCAUUUUUUUAGGAACAUUGUUUUGACAGGAGGAAACUCCCUUUUCCCAGGAUUUAGGGAUCGGGUUUACUCAGAAGUUCGAUGUCUCACUCCAACAGAUUAUGAUGUUUCUGUUGUGCUGCCUGAAAACCCUAUUACUUAUUCCUGGGAAGGAGGAAAAAUGAUAUCAGAGAAUGAUGAUUUUGAAGAUAUGGUGGUAACAAGAGAAGAUUAUGAAGAAAAUGGACAUAGCAUCUGUGAAGAGAAAUUUGAUAUUUAAGAAACAUUUCUGAAAGUUUUGACUGGUUGCAACAAAGGUUUAAUUUAUAUGUUCUUUUUAAAGAUUAAGGAUCUGUGCUACCUUUUAUCUGAAGAAAAAAACUUGAACUUAUGUAAAUACUUUGAUCUAAGGAUAACUUUCAAAGGUUUCUCAGCUAGGUUACUAAGUGAACUGUAACUCAGCCCCUAUUUUCAUUUAGGAGCUAGAUUACUGUAACAAUGCUUAUGCUGUUUCUCAGAAUAGGUUAUCUUUCACUAGAAGAUGAAAGAAUAAAUGCAUUUUAGGUUUAAUUCUUCAUAGUUGAAAGCAUAGUUGGUCCAUUUUCCUUAAGAGUUGUGUGACUGACUAGGAAUUGGCCAAAGUGUUUUCAGUCUGGUAUGAUUUCUCUCUCUUUUAGAAGUAUUUUAUUUUAAAUUUCUCAUUCUUAUUUGUAUAUACUUAAGUUGUAAAGACCAUUCUUAUGUGUGUUUAAUGUUUAUUUUUUACUUAGAGUAAGUUUGAAAAUGUGGAGACUAAAACCAAUUUACUAAAGUGUUUUUAGUCACCACUGUGUUGGCAGAAAUGUAUUCACUCAUAAAAAUACUGCACCAUUUUGGGGGAUUGAAAUAAAUUUGAUGUUAACUUGGGGUUCGACUGAAAUGAAUAUUAGUUUUAAAAUCUAAUCUACAGUAAGCAUAUUAAGAUGUUAAAGGUAGGCUUCUUUAAUGGCAAACAGUAGGAACUCAUUAGAGCAAUCCUAAGUGAAACAUCAUUUAUCAGCAGGACAGAGGACAGCUCGGGAAAUCUAGGAAAAAGCUGGACCGACAGCCCUAAGAAUAAAAACCAGAUAACCUUAGGCGUCUAGAUUAUAGAAAUUAAGAGACAAUCCUUACAGAGCCUUACCAUCAAAAUAUCUCAGCUUCUGUAUUUUCUAUCUUAGGCCUGUGCUCAUAAAUCAGAUUCCUCCCAAUCUCUUUUCCCAACUUGGGAUCAUGUGCCUACCUUAUGGCUUUACGGACUUUGACAGUCCCAACAAGACAGCCUAGAGUAAAAGAAGGAAGUUUCCCAUAGGGAAAUUAAGGUGAAGAGACAGACGCUGGGCUGGGUGAAAGAGCUGUGUAUUAACUACAAUUAUAUAUUGAAUUAUAUUGGGGUAAGGCCAGGUCAGUCCUUCCAAGACCGAGGCUGGUUAUCAUUACAGAGUUUGAAGAUACACA